AUGGGGAAAUCCAAGGCAGCCAAGCCUGAUGAAGACCACGUCUCUGGUCAAUCAAAUAAACCACUCUCUCAGCCAGCACACGCUCUGUCCUAUCAGCAAGUCGCCGAAGAACUCCGCGCCAACGCCCUAGAUGGCCUUUCCGCCGCUGACGCCGAGGCCCGUCUGGCGGAAUACGGCAACAAUGAUCUCGGCGAAUCUGAGGGCGUACAGCCUUUGAAAAUCGUAAUCGCUCAGAUAGCGAACGCCAUGACCAUGGUCUUGAUUCUUGCCAUGGCCGUUAGUUUCGGCAUCGGGUCAUUGAUUGAAGGUGGUGUCGUCACAUUUGUCAUUCUUUUGAAUGUCAUUGUGGGCUUUUUCCAAGAAUAUUCUGCCGAGAAGACCAUGGAUUCCCUUCGUUCCCUAAGCUCUCCGACUGCCAACAUCAUCCGCGACGGUGAGUCACGGGUUGUGCCAUCUGGGGAAAUCGUACCUGGUGAUCUUGUUGAGAUCAAGACCGGCGAUACUAUUCCGGCUGAUGUAAGACUUAUUGAGGCUGUCAACUUCGAAACCGACGAGGCUCUGUUAACGGGUGAAUCUCUCCCGGUACGCAAGAACGAAUCUGCUACUUUUCCCGAUAACACGGGCCCGGGAGACCGUCUCAACGUUGCAUACAGCUCCUCCAACGUCACGAAAGGGCGGGCCAAGGGAAUAGUGUUCGCGACAGGCGUCUAUACCGAAAUCGGUGCCAUCGCCUCCGCCUUGCGCAAGAAAGACUCCAAAGUCCGUGAGGUCAAGCGCAAGCCUAACGGCCAUGCGAGUCCUCAUAGAUACCUCGAGGCGUACACACUGACUUUUACUGACGCCAUCGGCCGGUUCUUGGGCGUCAACGUGGGCACCCCGCUGCAGAAGAAGCUUUCUAAGCUGGCCAUACUCUUGUUCGGCAUUGCUAUUAUCUGCGCUAUUAUUGUGUUAGCCGCCAACAAGUUUAAUGCUAACCAGGAGGUCAUCAUCUAUGCUGUUGCCACCGGCUUGUCCAUGAUCCCCGCGAGCUUGGUCGUCGUACUUACCAUCACCAUGGCAGCCGGCACCAAACGUAUGGUUAAGCGUCAUGUUAUUGUACGCAACCUCAAGUCCUUGGAAGCCCUCGGCGCCGUGACAGAUAUUUGCUCCGAUAAGACGGGUACCCUUACCCAAGGCAAGAUGUUGGCCCGUGGCGCCUGGCUCCCAGGAAUGGGAACCUAUACCGUCGAGAACUCCUCGACGCCUUUCGAUCCCACGAUAGGUGACAUUCGGUUCGAUGAAAGAUCACCGAGGCAUCUGGACUUCAAGAAGGGUGGUUCCGCCUGUGGAAACAUUGUCGAACCUGAGAAACUUCUGGAAAACAGCCAAACCGGACUCUCAGCCUUCCUUCACGUCGCCUCGCUCGCCAACCUUGCCACAAUCACCAAGAAGGAUGAUCAGUGGGUGGCACGCGGCGACCCUACCGAGAUUGCCAUACAAGUGUUCGCCUCUCGUUUCGACUGGAACCGCCUGCGACUGACCACCGGCGACAAUGCCGAGUGGAGUGAGAUUGCCGAGCUGCCCUUUGACUCCGACGUCAAGCGCAUGUCCGUCAUAAUGAAGCACAACUUUACGAACGAAUACUUUGCUUACACCAAGGGCGCCGUCGAACGAGUGAUUCAAACCUGUAGCAAAUACACACCACAAGACUCCGGCGAGCUCGCUGACAUGACGUCAGAAUUCCGCGAGGAGAUUCUUCGCAACAUGGAAGCUCUCGCCGGUCUUGGCCUCCGUGUGCUUGCUCUCGCUAGCAAGCCGUACAACGGCAAACCUAACAAAGGCGACGAGGUUAAUCGUGAAUCUGUUGAAAGCGACUUGGUCUUCCGCGGUCUCAUUGGCCUCUACGAUCCGCCUCGUCCAGAGUCCGCACCGGCAGUUCGACAAUGUCAUGAAGCUGGCAUCUCGGUCCAUAUGCUAACUGGUGACCACCCUGAAACAGCAAAGGCUAUCGCUGUUGAAGUUGGCAUUUUGCCGUCCCGUAUGGAGCGUGUGGCAAGGAACGUCGCGGACGCGAUGGUUAUGACGGCCUCGCAGUUUGAUGCGUUGAGCGACGACGACGUUGAUAGGCUUCCGGUGCUCCCGCUUGUUAUUGCACGAUGUGCGCCCAGCACCAAAGUUAGGAUGAUCGAGGCUCUUCAUCGUAGGAAGAAGUUCUGCGCCAUGACUGGAGACGGCGUCAACGACUCCCCUUCUCUUCGUCGUGCCGACGUUGGCAUCGCUAUGGGUCAAUCCGGAUCCGAUGUGGCCAAAGACGCUUCGGAUAUCGUGCUGACAGAUGACAACUUUGCCUCUAUUGUUGCCGCUAUCGAAGAGGGCCGCCGCAUCUUUGACAACAUUCAGAAGUUCGUGCUUCAUGUCCUUGCCGAAAACAUUGCUCAGGCCGGCACCCUUCUUGUCGGUCUUGCGUUCAAAGAUGCCAGAGGACUCUCAGUCUUUCCACUUGCACCUGUUGAAAUCGUCUGGAUCAUCAUGGCGACAUCAGGCAUGCCUGACAUGGGUCUUGGGUUCGAACGCGCCGUUCCUGACAUUAUGCGCCGGCCACCGCAGUCUCUCAAGACAGGCAUUUUCACAAAGGAGUUUCUGGUCGACAUGGUCGUUUACGGCUUAUGGAUUGCCGCUCUGUGCCUGUCAAGUUUUACCCUCGUGGUACACGGUUUCGGCAACGGACAGCUGGGAGAAAACUGCAACGAGACAUACGGCGAGACGUGCGAUGUCGUAUUCCGGGCCCGAGCCACAACCUUUGCUUGCCUGACAUGGUUUGCGCUCUUUUUGGCCUGGGAGAUGAUUGACAUGCGCCGUUCAUUCUUCCGCAUGCAACCGGGGUCCAAGAAAUACUUUACUCAAUGGAUGAUUGAUGUCUGGAGGAACCAGUUUCUAUUCUGGGCCAUCAUCCUGGGAUUCGUCACUCUUUUUCCAUUGCUCUACAUUCCGGUGAUCAACACAGUAGUUUUUAAGCAUAAGGGGAUCUCCUGGGAAUGGGCGAUUGUUUUCGUGGCCGCAGCGAUGUUUUUCGCCGGUGUCGAGUCGUGGAAAUGGGCCAAGAGGAUUUACUUUAGAAGGCAAAGCCGAAAGGCGCACGGCAUCGCCUGGAAAGACAUGGAUAUUGAGCAACGGGUAUUUGGCGAAUACCUCGGUGGUCCUUCAGACGAUGAACAUAGGACAGAAGUUGGGGAUGAUGAUCACUACACUGAGAAGGAAGGUCUAGAAAAGUAA